AUGGAGUUGCUUACAUCUCCAUCAGCGCCAACGAGUACACAAAGCCGGAACCAAUACGCACAAGCCGCAAGAGAUAUGGCAAUACACCAAGAGGGUCUUGAUAAGAUUUUUGGGAGUGUGCAAGACCAAUACUUCCAUACGAAGAUGCCCGACCCAUACUUCUAUACGACAGUGCCCGACCCAAACUUAGCCCAAUUUAUGCCCGGGAAGUUGGUCGACACUCCGCAGUGGGAGAUGCACGUGUGUUCUGAAGAAUGCAUGCCUCUGUACCAUGAAGGCCUUGAGGAAUCUUUCGAGAGCCUGUACCGCAGGUUACCUAACGUGGAAGGUUUCCGUCGCGCCUCAUCUUUGGAGCGCGAUACUGGAGCGGUCAGCAACGAGAUGGGACAUACGAAUUCGGCAUGCGUUAGCAACUUCACACUGCACGAUGAGGAGAGAGAGUACCUACAAGGAGAGAGUAAUUACCCACAGGAUCGGUCAGAAUAUCCUUCAUCUAUUGACUGUGUUCAACCUAGCGACAAUGGUGGAUAUGUGCCAGACACGGUCUCAAAAUACAUUUCCCGGAGCGCACGUGUGACUCCAGCCAAAGGCUCCUUCGGGAUUAUAACCAACUCGGAGACUGUUGGUAUCCUCUGGACUCGAUCAACCGCGAUUCGUUCUGGUGUUGCAGGUUCUGCGCUGUGA